CUGGCUGGGAAAAGGGAAACCAUUAAAAAGUGGUUUUAUUUACUAUACAUAAACGUAUACCUAAAGCAGUCCCAGUAACUGCCACUUGGGCAGCCUGCAACUGAAACACACCCUCUCUUUCUAGGACGACAUCAUAGGGGCGGGAGGGGGUGUGGAGGAGGAGGAGAAACCCGUUUUCUCUUUCGACUGUGCCUCUGGCAGUCUUUCUGAGGUUUUUUUCUAGUGAGACCGAGAGUGUUACUCAGGAAAACCCCGCACCCGGAUCUGCCUUGAAGGAAGUUGUCAUAUCCAAAAUCACGGAAAAGGAGCGCAUACAUUUUCCCGGCUGGAAGUGAGCAGCGUCUGGACCUCAACCAUCCGGACGCGGUCAGGGAGCAGCCCCGAUCACAGCCCCAAAUCCCAUCUCCCACCGGGGAACAUGAAGCUCCCACAUUUGGGUCGUGCGGCGGCCGGCUCGACUAGGCCCGACUGCCACCAGAGGUCGCCGGGAAUCCGCUGCCUCCGAAACUCUUCCACUUUUCCCGACCAGAAACCGAACCACCUCCUCAGGCCCUCGGGGUCCCUUCUCCGCCUCCACCCACCACUCGGUCCCAGAGUUCGGAGCCAGGGGCCCCGCCUACCUGAGGGGCCCCGCUCGGCGGACGCGUAGAAGAGGAGCACUUCCGUCAGACGCACGCACUUCCGGCCUCCUGGAGCCAAUGAGGGCGCGGCCGCGGAUGUUACCCUCAUUAGCGUCCGGGCUGCGGAGCGUCUCUCGGAGAGCUCGGGCUGGUCCGCUCUGAGGAGGAGAGUUACAAUUUGCAUGUGAAACCACUCUUCUAAGUCCAACUUAGAGAAGACUGUUGACACACCAGUUGGAAUGGUUCCAAUAGCCUACCUUGCAAAACGCUUCAGAUUCACAGAAUUUGCUUUGUAAAAUAAAGCAGACUUCACUCUACAAAAAGAAAAAUUUCUCAUGGAAUUUUUAAACUUUCCCUGUUGAAAUGUUUUAACUGUGAUGUGUCUACUGAGGAGUUCUAUCUCUCCAUCUCUAUUCUUAGUACAAUAAGAGAGGUGUCAGAGUUUUCCAUUUAGAUCUACAACUUCAAAUUCUCAGCAUGGAAAACUCAGAGAAGACAGAAGUGGUUCUCCUUGCUUGUGGUUCCUUUAAUCCUAUCACCAAUAUGCACCUCAGGCUGUUUGAGCUGGCCAAGGACUACAUGAAUGGAACAGGGAAAUAUGAAGUUAUCAAAGGCAUAAUUUCUCCCGUCGGCGAUGCAUAUAAGAAGAAAGGACUCAUCUCUGCCCAUCACCGAGUUAUCAUGGCAGAACUCGCCACCAAGAACUCAAAAUGGUUGGAAGUUGAUACAUGGGAAAGUCUUCAACAGGAUUGGAUAGAGACUGCCACGGUGCUAAGACACCAUCAAGAGAAGCUGGAAGCCAGUAGCUGUGAUCAGCAGCAGGACUCACCUGUACUGGAAAGGCCUGGACGGAAGAGGAAGUGGGCUGAACAAAGACAAGAUUUUAGUCAAAAGAAAUCACUAGAGCAAACAAAAACAAAAGGUGUGCCAAAGGUGAAGUUGCUGUGUGGAGCAGAUCUCUUGGAAUCCUUUGGUGUGCCCAAUCUAUGGAAGGGUGAGGAUAUCGCCAAAAUCGUGGGAGACUAUGGGCUUAUAUGUAUUACUCGGGCUGGAAAUGAUGCUCAGAAAUUCAUCUAUGAAUCCGAUGUGCUGUGGAAACACCAGAACAACAUUCACCUGGUGAAUGAAUGGAUCACCAAUGACAUCUCAUCCACAAAGAUCCGGCGAGCCCUCAGAAGGGGCCAAAGCAUUCGCUACUUGGUACCAGACCUUGUCCAGGAAUAUAUUGAGAAGCAUAGUUUGUAUAGCUCGGAGAGUGAGGAGAGGAAUGUUGGGGUGAUCCUAGCUCCUUUGCAGAGAAAAACUGCAGAAGCUGACACAUGAGAAAUUCUCCAGCAUGGUAUUGUGGACUUUCCUUUUGGGAAUUUGAAACAGUGUGGGUGUUAGUAAAUGGGGGAAGGAAUUGUGAUCCUCUUUAAUAAAUUAAAGUUUAAAAGGUUGGUAAAAAUCAGUAGUAAUUUAAAAUCAGGUUUAUCUUUAUCAGAAGUUACUAAGGUGAAGGAUUUCAAUUUUUUUUUUUAGGAAUAUACAAAUCCCUUUAUCUUUAAAACAAGAGAUUAGUAGCAGAGCUAAUUGUAGAAGAACAUUAUAGAAGAACAUUUAACAUACAAAUCCCUUUAUCUUUAUUUUUUAUUAUUAUUAUUUUUAUAAAUUUAUUUAUUUAUC